CCUAGCCCUCCUCGGUCCAGGUGGCUAGACCCUGCGGAGGGUCGAGCCGUUGCUCCCCGUCAGGUGUCCCGGCGCCAGGACCGGGUCUACAGACUGUUGAGGGGGCAAAGUAGGAGCCUGAGGAGAGGAGGCCAGGCGACCCUGCCUCCCUCCGAGGCUAGCGCUUCCGAAUUCUGCUCGGCGUCCGGGCGUUCGCGCCCUCCUGGGGCCUCGGCCUUCUGAGGCGAAGGGGCCAGGGGAGGCCCGGGUUAGCGAGGCCAUGUCCGGCUCUGGCCUGCGCGGCCCCGCUCGUUCCACGUCAGCGCUUUGUCACUCCCGGCCGAGGGCCUGCGCGCCGCCGACAAGUACUCCCGAGGCGCUGGCCGAUGUGGGAUGGUGCAGGACUUCUGGGGGCCACAAUUGCUCCUUUUCCUGGAGAUGUGACCCAAGGUGAGCUGUUACACCCUCUUCCUGGCAGCCUGUGCUCCCACCCCGGAAUCCUGCGCUUCUUCUCUGUCCUGCCUCUCCAGUUUGCUUCUACUCCACUGGCUGCAGGGCACUGUCUCCAGGAGGCCCUGGUAAAGUAUCCCCGUAUUACCUGGGAGCAGUUAGCCCAUCGAUCUACCCAGUGGCUCUUCACUAGAGCGUCCCGACACGCCAGACAUCAGUCAUCUGUGAUUACUGACCGCCGCUGCCUCAGCCAAGCAUCUUCCCUUCGUUGUUUCUCUUUUCCUUUCCAACGUUCUUAUAAAGGACACGAGCACGUUCUCUGGGACAGAGAGUCCCCAUGUGCCUGGAGCAGGAGACCUGGGCUCUCCUGCCCGCGACCCGCCACACGCGACUAACUGGGCCAACCAUGCCACGUGGCCCUCCUGGGUCGGUGAGAGGUGCCAGCCUGGGAGCCUUCAGUCCCCUCAGCUGGAAUUGUGGAUUCCGCGAGCAGAGCAGGAGCUUUGGCAUCUAUCUUCUGUUCCAGCUGGGCUGCUCCGGCAAUGGCUGUGGGGAAGAGAUGGAGAAGCCAUGAAGGCUCUGCUGAUUUUCACUGGAAUGAAAAGAGAGAGGACGAGAUCCAGAGAGAAGGAGGAAAUGCCAGUGGUUGCUGCUUCUGUGCGUGUCCCCGGCUCGGAUUGGGUGCGACGGUCUGCCUUCGACCCCGUACCCACGACAGACGCCCAGAAAAUCCGUUCUAAAUUAGUGACCCAGGCGGGCUCGCCCGCACAUCUCCGGAUUCGCUUCCCCACGCUCUUUGAGCGCCUUGCGUUCGGGCGCGCAGCCGCGCUAGGCCCCGCUGACAGGCCCGGCUCACCCGGGGCGCUGAAGGGCCGAGGGAGGCCCUGGACCCCGCGAAGAGACAAGCCAGGAAGGCGCCCGGCGCUCCCGGAUCACGUGACCGCCACCAGCGGGACUCUGUCACGUGACGGCGCAGCCGGCGAGCGUUUUUCUCACGUGACGGAGGUGCAGGCGUGUGGCCCAAUGAGGAGGCGGGGGCGGGGCUUCCGGGGGCGGUGCGCGGGAAGAGAACCCGGGGCACCCGCGGCGGCAGGGGAGACCCGGAGGGGAGCAGCGAGCUGGGGUCCAGUCCGGGGCCCGCCGCCUUUCACAACCCGGCCGCAGGGAGCAGCAUGAAGUGUCUGGUUACGGGCAGCAACGUGAAGGUGCUCGGCAAGGCCGUCCACUCCCUGUCCCGUAUCGGGGACGAACUCUACUUGGAGCCCCUGGAAGACGGGCUCUCCCUCCGGACCGUGAACUCCUCCCGCUCGGCCUAUGCCUGCUUCCUCUUUGCCCCGCUCUUCUUCCAGCAGUACCAGGCGGCCACCCCUGGUCAGGACCCGCUGCGCUGUAAGAUCCUGAUGAAGUCGUUCCUGUCAGUCUUCCGCUCGCUGGCGAUGCUGGAGAAGACCGUGGAGAAAUGCUGCAUCUCCCUGAAUGGCAGGAGCAGCCGCCUGGUAGUUCAGCUGUACUGCAAAUACGGGGUGAGGAAGACUCACAACCUGUCCUUCCAGGACUGCGAGUCCCUGCAGGCUGUCUUCGACCCAGCCGUGUGCCCCCAUGUGCUCUGUGCCCCAGCAAGGGUCCUGGGGGAGGCUGUUCUGCCCUUCCCCCCUGCGCUGGCCGAAGUGACGCUGGGGAUUGGCCGUGGCCACAGGAUCAUCCUGCGUAGCUACCAGGAGGAGGCAGGUGAGGGAGCCAGACAUGGCCUGGGGCAGGGGGCAGAGAUGGGCUGGGAUGGGGCAGGGCCCAGGUUUCCUCCUGUUGCUGUCUCCACAGACAGCACCGUCAAAGCCAUGGUGACCGAGAUGAGCAUCGGGGGGGAGGAUUUCCAGCAGCUGCAGGCCCAGGAAGGGGUGGCCAUCACUUUCUGCCUCAAGGAAUUCCGGGGGCUCCUGAGCUUUGCCGAGUCAGCGAACUUGUCUCUCAGCAUUUACUUCGAUGGCCCUGGCAGGCCAGCCAUCUUUGCCAUCAAGGACUCUCUGCUAGACGGCCACUUUGUCCUGGCCACGCUCUCAGAGCCGGACCCGCACCCCCAGGACCUGCGUGCCCCGGAGCUCCAGCAGCCAGCGCCUCAGCUUCAGGCUCACAGCACGCCCCACCUGGACGACUUUGCCCUUGAUGACAUUGACUCGUACAUGAUCGCCAUGGAAACCACUGUGGGCAGUGAGAGCUCACGGACACUGCCCUCCACCUCCCUUUCACCUGGCUUCCAGCCCCACUGUAGCCCUGGCUCCCACUCAGAGGAGGAAGAUGACACCGAGCCCAGCACAGUGCCUGGGACUCCCCCACCCAAGAAGUUCCGCUCGCUGUUCUUUGGCUCCAUCCUGGCCCCUGCACACUCUCCCCAGGGGCCCAGCCCCGUGCUGGCUGAAGACAGUGAGGGGGAAGGCUGAGCUGAGAGGUCCUUGGAGGACUGGACCAGAGGAAGCCCCAGCCUCCCCAUCUCCCAGCGCCAACCAGGGGCGGGGCCAGCUCUCCUCCAGGGUGGGUGGUAGAGGUGGGCUGUGCUGGAGCUCAGCUGGCUGGUCCUGCCGCCUCCCCCAGGCCCUGCUCGGCUAUCUGUGACUGGCCUGGGUCCUGUCGUCUCCCUUCGGCCCCCAGUCGAUCAUGUCUGUUCCCAGUCUUGGUGCCGAGCUGCCACCUGCUGGGAGGCCCCUCACCUCUUUAUCCAACCAUGCGGCAGGGUUGGGGGCCUGCGUUCUCUAAGCCCACCUCCCUAAGAAGAAAACCUCGGUGGGGCUGCUGGCCCCUGCUGAUCCACCUUCUCUGCCAACCAGGACCUGUCCCUCCCUCAGAUCCUGGGUACACCUCGAGGAUCCCCUGUGCCCGGCACACACUGUUUUGCUUGCUUUUCCAAAACUCUCUGGCCCUGACUUGGAAAUUCCAAAGGCCCCUGUGACCUGAGCGUGUGGCUGGUGUUUCCCUCGCUCGGGCCCCAUGCCCAGCAAGCCUCCCAAGUGGCCCUAGGCAGAAGAGGUCGCCAGGCGCGGCAUUUCGGACAAGGGAGACAGACGCCAUGGCGAGAAUCCAGCUUUGACCUUUAUUCGAGAGACCAGAUGGGUCGCCCCAGGAUCCGGCUGCCAGCCCUGAGGCCAAGCAAGGCUGGGGACCCACAAUCUGGCCCUGCUCUGCCCUGAGCUGCAGCCUCAGCCCCAGGAUCCUGCCUGCAGCCACUGCAGGUGCAGGUGGAAGGAGCCCUGGGGGUUGGACGCUGCUAUUGAUUCAUAAAAAAAAGAAAAAUACA